UUUUUUCUGCCCCGCUCUCAUAUACCAACCCCUCUCCCUCUUUUUCUUCUUCUUUUUUUCUUCUUCCUCAUCCAUCCCUUUUUCUCUUCACCUCUCUUUAAUUUAAUCACACACCAUCCUUCACAAUGGGUUCCGUUGCUCAGAAGCCUGGCACUUUCCUCUUCACCUCCGAGUCCGUCGGAGAGGGUCACCCCGAUAAGAUUGCUGACCAGGUCUCGGAUGCCAUCCUCGAUGCCUGUCUUAAGGAGGACCCUCUCUCCAAGGUUGCUUGCGAGACUGCCACCAAGACUGGUAUGAUUAUGGUCUUCGGUGAGAUUACCACCAAGGCCCAGCUGGACUACCAGAAGGUCAUCCGUGGCGCUAUCAAGGACAUCGGUUACGAUGCCUCCGAGAAGGGCUUCGACUACAAGACUUGCAACGUUCUUGUUGCCAUUGAGCAGCAGUCCCCCGAUAUCGCUCAGGGUCUUCACUACGAUGAGGCUCUUGAGAAGCUCGGUGCCGGUGACCAGGGUAUCAUGUUCGGUUAUGCCACUGACGAGACCCCUGAGCUCCUCCCCCUCACCAUUCUCCUUUCUCACAAGCUCAACGCUGCCAUGAAGGCCGCUCGCAAUGACGGCACCAUCCCCUGGUUGCUGCCCGACACCAAGACCCAGGUCACCGUCGAGUACGCUCACGACAACGGUGCUGUCAAGCCCCUGCGUGUCGACACCGUUGUUAUCUCUGCCCAGCACUCUGAUGAUGUCUCCACUGAGGAGAUCCGUGCCGUUCUUAAGGAGAAGAUUGUUAAGAAGGUUAUCCCUGCCGAGCUUUUGGAUGACCGCACUGUCUACCACCUGCAGCCCUCCGGCCGCUUCGUCAUCGGUGGUCCCCAGGGUGACGCUGGUCUCACUGGCCGUAAGAUCAUCGUUGAUACCUACGGUGGUUGGGGUGCCCACGGUGGUGGUGCUUUCUCCGGAAAGGACUACUCAAAGGUCGAUCGUUCCGCUGCCUACGUUGCCCGCUGGAUCGCCAAGUCCCUGGUUAACGCCAAGUUGGCCCGCCGUGCGCUCGUCCAGCUGUCGUACGCCAUUGGUGUCGCCGAGCCCCUGUCCAUCUUCGUCGAGACCUACGGCACCUCCGACAAGACCUCCGAUGAGCUUGUGGAGAUCAUCCGCAACAACUUCGAUCUCCGUCCUGGUGUGAUUGUCAAGGAUCUUGACCUGGCCAAGCCCAUCUACAUCCAGACUGCCAAGAACGGUCACUUCACCAACCAGAGCUUCACCUGGGAGAAGCCUAAGACUCUGAAGUUCUAAAUGGAAUCCUCCAUCCAUUAACUUUGGAGACGCUUUGACGAACGUGAUGAGAUAGCUUUGUUUUCAACAACUCAAAGCACAUGCAUAGAGCAUUAUAACACCUAAAACGACAAAAAUCUUUCAAAAGUUUGAUUCCUCUUGGAAUUCACUCUUUCUUGUUUCAUUAUCUGCAUGCUUGUCUUGCAAAUUACGGCGAAGAUAAAAUUCAACAUGAUACCACUUUCAUCAACUGGGACGGGAUGUUCAGGCGUUUUUUUCGGGAGCGAAGUCUUCAACAACCAUAUUACCCCUUUCUCCUUCUCACCUAC